GGACCCUCCCUGACACCCGGCUUCGUCCAUCCUCUCCUCUCCAAUACCUUCUUCAGCAUGGUUUCCUUUCAUCCUCUGGCCGCGCCUCCUUCUCCAGCCUCUGUCGUGGUCUUACUUCUCCGUGAUGGACACCUUCUCCGUGGGUGACUUCAUCCACCCCAGGCUUCAGCUCCACAUCUCAGCCCUUCAGUCUCCCCUGGGCUCCAGAUCCGGCCUGGGCAUCUGUCCGACACCUCACUCUGUCCCUCACCUCUCCCACACCUGCUCUUCCUCCUCGGGCUUUACUUCAAGGUAUAACUCCGUCUGGGACUUCCCUGACGGUCCAGUGGUUAAGACUUCCCGCUUCCAAUGCAGGAGGCGCGGGUUCGAUGCCUGGUGGGGGAACUAAGAUAUAACUCCAUCAUCAACCCAUCUUCUGCGAAACAUCCCUGGCUCCUCCAUUCUGAUGCCUCACAUCCAACCAGCACAGCCCCUAGGCCUCAUGGCGGUCCGAGCGUCGUUCGAGAACAACUGUGAGAUCGGCUGCUUUGCUAAACUUACCAACACCUACUGCCUGGUGGCCAUCGGAGGGUCGGAGAACUUCUACAGUGUGUUCGAGGGUGAGCUUGCUGAUACCAUCCCUGUGGUGCACGCCUCCAUCGCCGGCUGCCGCAUCAUCGGGCGCAUGUGUGUGGGGAACAGGCAUGGUCUCCUGGUGCCCAGCAACACCACCGACCAGGAGCUGCAACACAUUCGCAACUGCCUCCCAGACUCAGUGCAGAUCCGGCGGGUGGAGGAGCGGCUCUCGGCCCUGGGCAAUGUCACCACCUGCAAUGACUACGUGGCCUUAGUCCACCCAGACCUGGACAGGGAAACAGAAGAAAUCCUGGCUGAUGUGCUAAAGGUGGAAGUCUUCAGACAGACAAUAGCUGACCAGGUGCUGGUAGGAAGCUACUGUGUCUUCAGCAAUCAGGGAGGGCUGGUGCAUCCCAAGACUUCAAUUGAAGACCAGGAUGAGCUGUCCUCUCUCCUUCAGGUCCCCCUUGUGGCGGGCACUGUGAACCGAGGCAGCGAGGUGGUCGCCGCUGGGAUGGUAGUGAACGACUGGUGUGCCUUCUGUGGCCUGGACACGACCAGCACAGAGCUGUCAGUGGUGGAGAGUGUUUUCAAGCUGAAUGAAGCCCAGCCUAGCACCAUUGCUACCAGCAUGCGGGAUUCCCUCAUUGACAGCCUCACCUGAGUCGCCUUCCAUACUCUUCAUGGGCUCCUGGCUCUGGACUUUGGCUCCGUCUCCACGCCCCACCCAGUCUGUCCUGGAUGCUGGCAGGGCCGUGGCAGAGAGCUCACCUGGACUCAGUGGCUGGACGCCCAGCCCUUCACCUGUGCCCAUCUCCUGAAUCUAUAGUUACUGCAAAAACCUGCCACAGGUCCUAUGGCUUCUGGCUGAGAGCUCUGUUGUCUGUGCCAACCCAUUAAAGGGCAGCUUCUUCCGGC